GAAACUAAAAUUCAGUUUCACGAUGAAGUCUUUAUCAAAAAUAAACAAAAAUAAUCUCGUCCAGAAAAAACUGAAUUUACACUAAACGAGUUGCGGUUAUCAUGUACUGAUAUUAAAAGAGGACUUUGUACCGCGUUACGUCAGUUGUUCGUUAGCAUGCGAGCUCGCGUGAUGCGAAAAUGCAUCGGCUUGUUUUCCGUUCUCCCGUCAACUUGAAUAUUCUCUACACUCGAGAAAGCAUAUUAAAACAGUGCAAUACUCGUUUGUGAAUUACACAAGAGAAGGAUAAAGUGUAAAAUAUCCUUCAAGAAACAUCGAGUGCAAGUUCGUCCAAAGAAACCUCGCCAUGGAUCCAACGACGAUAUUAGUGAUCGCGAUCGCGAUUCUCUUGCUGUAUCAUUACUCGACCAAACAGCAGAACAUCUUCAAGAAGCACGGUCUGCCCUUCAAACGAUCAAUUCCUCUGCUUGGCAGCUCUUGGUCAGCGAUGCUUCACCUCAAGCCAUUUGCAACGAUGGUUCGUGACAUCUACGACAUGGCACCCGAGGCGAAAUACGUGGGUUUCUAUCAUCGAAUGGCGCCUGUCGUUAUGAUCCGCGAUCCAGAGCUCAUAAAAUCCGUGGCGAUCAAGAACUUCGAUCGUUUCCCCGAUCAUCGAACCUUCGGGGACGGUGACGCCGAUCCUUUCUUCAGCAAAAAUCUCUUGCUGCUUCGAGGUGACAGAUGGAAAGAAGUUCGAGCGUUGUUGACGCCAGCGUUCACGUCCAGCAAAAUGAAGUCGAUGUUCGUGCUGAUGUCCGACUGCGCCGUCAACUAUGGACAGUCUCUGGCGGCGCUUCCGGCGGAUCAGAGGUCGAUCGAGAUGAAAGAUACAUUCACCAGAUACACCAACGACGUGUUCGCGAGCUGUGCCUUCGGUAUCAACGUGGAUUCCCUGGCUGAUCGGGACAACAAGUUUUACUUCUAUGGAAAGGAGGCUCUGGAUAUUCAUAGCACCGGGAUUCUCAAACUCGUUAUGUUAAUUGUAUUUCCAAGACUAUCGAGAAAACUCGGAAUAAGAUUCAUAAGGAAGGAGGUGACGGAAUUCUUCGAGGAUAUCGUGGCAGCCAAUAUCAAGGCUCGCGACGAAACAGGCGUCAGCAGACCAGAUCUGAUACAAUUGAUGAUGGAAACUAGAGGGAGACUGGAACCAGGCAAGGAACUGACCAUUGUGGACAUGACCUCCCAAGCGUUUUCGUUCUUCUUCGGUGGUUUCGAGACCACUUCGACCCUGUUGUGUUUCGCUGUUCACGAGCUGGCCGCGAAUCCAGAGCUUCAGGAAAGAUUGCAUAACGAGAUCGAUCGAGUGUUGGAGGAUUCCGAUGGCAAAGUUGCUUACGAGGCGAUCAACGGGAUGAGAUUUCUCGACGCUGUGGUGAACGAGACGCUAAGAAUGUAUCCGGUUAUACCUAUCACUGACAGACAGUGCACGAAACCGUUCGAAUUACCGCCAGCCUUGCCAGGCCUCGAGCCGUUCACCAUGAAGGAAGGUUCUCAUCUUUGGUUGCCGAUCUACGGGAUCCAGUACGACUCGAAGUACUUCGAUCGACCGGAGACGUUCGAUCCUGAUCGAUUCAUGGACAAACGGGCCAACGUGUUGAAUUCUGGCGCCUAUUUGCCUUUCGGGAUGGGACCGAGAAUAUGCAUCGGUUAUCGAUUCGCGAUUCUCGAAACGAAAGUCGCGCUGUUUCACAUUCUUGCUCGUUGCGAUUUUACCAUAUCUUCCAAAACUCAGAUACCCAUAAAACUGGGAAAAGGAGGAGCGUUUCUGAAGGCUGAGAGAGGAUUUUGGCUGCAGGUUAGAUCGAGAAAUAAUCCACUUGUGUCUGCAGUUGCUUGAACCAAAAUAAAUUGAUAUUUUGUAAUUAAUAAUAAUUUUUUAAGUCGCGUUGCUAACAAUUUUUUUAUCCAAAUGUAUAGUUUUCCUUAUUCACUGUGUUCGAUUGCCUUUAACGAUUUCUGAGAAUCGACUCAAGAGAUUUUCCAUUAGUUUUCUUGUUAAAGAAGCUGUUGUCACGCUCGUUUUCUUGGUCGAUGACUUUAGCGCUUUUCGAUACAUCCUCGUGUUUACAAACGUUCCCCCACACUGUUGCUAUUAGCAUGGUACAUACACAGACGCUGACUGAUGUCACGUUAGGCCGUGGCUGCAUUGGAAGCGAUUUCGCGCGACUUAGCGAUCACAGCUGGAGUCGCGUGAAACGGAGAGUAACAAUUACGUGCAUACGCCGCGUGUAAACGCAAUAAGCCACGUAGGAGGGGACGUGCCACAUACGGUACUCCAACCGUGGAGAUCAU